AUGGACUUAUACCUGAUUUUCAAUGAUCUAAGAAAAGCGUUUGAUUCUAUCAAUGGAAUUGCACUUUCGGAGAUCCUGAAAAAGCUAGGAUUCCCUGAAAAAUUUGUAAGAAUGCUUAGACAAUUACAUGACAAUAUGAAAGUGAGAGCUAAUGUUGGAGGUACCUUAUCAGAUCCAAUUUCUCUAGAAAAUGGUGUAAAACAAGGUGAUAUUCCUGCUCCGACAUUGUUUGCUAUGUCUCCUCUCUACUGCUCCAAAAUAAAUGAUACACAGCAGAUUUCUCUACCAAACCCCACUUUCCAUGAAUUUUUGUUUCGGCUAACUCUACGACAUUCAUGUCGCUGUAACUCUUUUUCAACAAGCGCGGAUCUCCUCUCCGGACGAGAUUUCAGACAAUCAUUGUCUAACAUUCGAACAUUCCAACAUCCUAUAUUCAUAGGCUUGCAUCUUCACCUGAAUUUACUCACAGUUGCAAGAUGA